GCCAGCAGUGCUGUGUGUGUGGAAAGGCCUGGGUGCAGUACACCAAACGCGCGUGUUCCAAGUGUCUGUACAGAGAUUAGAUGCCGCAGGCUUCGCUGCUUGGGGCUCAGGUUCAACGCGGGACAGGGAGCCUCAGAGCGCCAGCGGCCAAGCCAGAUCGCCGCAGGCCAGGCUGCUCGGCGGAAGCUGAACUCUAGCGGCGGCGGAAGUGCGGCUCCGCACGGGCAAGAUGGCGGCGCCCAGGGGUUCGUCGUUCGAGUAGGUGGCUGGCUGCAGAGACCCGCUUCAAGUGGCCCAGGCGGAGAACCCAGGAGCAAGGUGUCCAAUUAUUUGUCAUAACCUGCUUGGGAGUCUUUGCACAGCAGUGGCUGAGACCCCUGUGUUACACAGACCCGGGGCACAGCCCUUCAUUUUCGGUGGCUGACGGGUGUGUGACCCAAGAUGCUUGGCUAGAGUAUUAGGCGCAGUCUCCGGACAGGUUGUGUCGUCAAAGUAAAGGCUGCGGUGUAAGAAGCAAUUCGAAAACCCAGUAAAUCCAUGGGGUGAAUGAGAGUGAGUCUCCACACCAAGCAAGCAGUACUGGAAGGAGUCAUACAGAGGGUAGAGCUUGAGAGCCAUGAUGCUGUCCAGACCGAAGCCUGGAGAGUCUGAGGUGGACCUACUGCGCUUCCAGAGUCAGUUCCUCAAGGCUGGUGCAGCUCCAGCAGUGCAGCUGGUGAAAGGAAGUCGGAGACGUGGUGAUGCUCAUCCGGAGCAGCUUCCACUCCGGGACCACCGGGAUGUGGUGACCCUGGACAAUCUUCCAGAUUUGCCCCCAGCUCUGGUGCCCGCUCCUGCAAAGAGAGCUAGAGCCAGCCCUGGCCACCCGCUGCCGCAGGAUGAAGACCCUGAGGAGAGGCUGAGUAGGCAUGACCAGCACAUCACCGCUGUCUUGUCUAAAAUUAUUGAACGAGAUACAAGUUCAGUCGCUGUGACUCUGCCCGUGCCCAGUGCUGUGGCUUUCCCCGCUGUGUUCCAUCGCUCCCAGGAGAGACAGGGGAAAUCGGCAACAUCGGGUAAGAGGAGCAUCUUUGCCCAAGAGAUUGCAGCCAGGAGGGUGACUGAAAACAGGGUCCCAGCAGCUGGGGAAGUCGUCCCCAGCCUAGACCCACCAGAGGGUGCUGUGCCCUCUGAGCCACCCUCCUCCAGGGACAAAGGCAGCCGGUUUCUAGGGGGCAGCCAUGACUUCCACAGAUCGAAUCUGGUCACAGGGAAGGGGCUGAGGAGCCAGGCGGCUGAGCAGGAAGUCCAGACCAUCCAUGAAGAGAAUGUCGCAAGACUACAGGCCAUGGAUCCUGAGGAGAUCCUGAAGGAGCAGCAGCAGUUACUGGCUCAACUUGACCCCAGCUUGGUUGCCUUCUUGAGAUCACAUGGCAAUGCCUUGGAGCAAGCAGGAACAAAGGCCACCAAGGAGCAGAGCCCAGGAAGUCCCACAGUUCCUGUCACUAAAGAAGAGCCCAUCAUGUCAACUUCUGCCAGUGAGUCCAGGAAGGAGGACAAGCUGGAGCCAAGAGCCCCAGCACUGAAGCUGCCCAUGACCCCCCACAAAGAGUGGCUCCACAUGGACACUGUUGAGCUGGAGAAGCUCCACUGGACCCAGGACCUGCCCCCGCUCCGGCGGCAGCAGACACAGGAGAGAAUGCAGGCCCGAUUCAGCCUUCAAGGAGAGCUCCUGGCGCCCGAUGUGGAUCUGCCCACCCAUCUGGGCCUGCACCACCAUGGAGAAGAGGCAGAGAGAGCAGGGUACUCUCUCCAGGAACUGUUCCACCUGACCCGUAGCCAGGUGUCCCAGCAGAGAGCACUGGCGUUACAUGUGUUGUCCCAGAUCAUCGGCAGGGCCCAGGCUGGGGAGUUUGGAGACCGCCUAGUGGGCAGUAUCCUGCGCCUCCUCUUGGAUGCUGGUUUCCUCUUCCUGCUGCGCUUCUCUCUGGAUGACAGGGUAGACGGUGUCAUCGCAGCAGCUGUCCGGGCUCUUCGUACUCUGUUAGUAGCUCCUGGAGAUGAGGAGCUCCUUGACAGCACCUUCUCUUGGUAUCAUGGAGCUUCGGCGUUCCCUCUGAUGCCCAGCCAGGAGGACAAAGAGGAUGAAGGUGAGGAGGAAGAACCCACAACAGAAAAGGCAAAGAAGAAGACCCCUGAGGAAGAAAGCCGCCCUCCACCUGACCUGGCCAGACACGAUGUCAUCAAGGGGCUCCUGGCUACCAACCUGCUCCCUCGGCUGCGCUAUGUGCUGGAGGUGACCUGCCCAGGGCCCUCUGUGGUCCUUGACAUCCUGGCUGUGCUUACCCGUGUGGCCCGGCAUUCCCUGGAGUCAGCCAUGAGGGUCCUGGAGUGUCCUCGGCUAAUAGACACCAUAGUUCAAGAGUUCCUGCCUACCAGUUGGUCCCCCAUGGGGGUGGGGCCUACUUCCAGUCUAUACAAAGUGCCCUGUGCCGCUGCCAUGAAACUGCUAAGAGUCCUGGCUUCAGCUGGGAGGAAUAUUGCUGCCCGACUGUUGAGCAGCCUUGACUUCAGGAGCCGUCUGUGCCGAUUUGUAGCCGAAGCGCCACAGGAACUGGCCUUGCCCCCUGAGGAAGCAGAGACGCUGAGCACUGAAGCCCUCCGUCUGUGGGCCGUGCUCGCUUCCUACGGCCAGGGUGGUGACCUUUACAGGGAGCUGUACCCAGUGCUCAUGCGGGCCUUGCAGACACUGCCUACAGAGCUCAGUACCCAUCCCCCACGGCCACUGUCCAUGCAGCGGAUGGCCUCUCUGCUCACUCUGCUUACCCAGCUGACCCUGGCAGCUAGCAGCACACAUCCUGAAUCCACCAGUGGCUCUGCUGAGGCCUAUGUGUCCGCCAUCCCUUCUUCAAUCACCUGGACACAGGUAUCUGGACUUCAGCCACUGGUCGAGCCAUGUCUAAAGCAGGCCCUGAAGUUCCUGCCCAGACCUGAUGUCUGGAAUGCCCUGGGCCCAGUGCCCAGUGCCUGCCUGCUGUUCCUGAGUGCCUACUAUCAGGCCUGGAGCCAGCAGGUGAGCUUGUGCCCAGAGGAUUGGCUUCAGGACAUGGAACGCUUGUUGGACGAGUUCUUGCUACCGUUGCUGAAUCAGGCUUCUCUGGGCCAUCUGUGGGAUUCCUUGAGGCACUGCUCCGCACUCUGCAACCCGCUGUCCUGUGCUCCUGCUCCGGAAGCUCUCCCCAGCCUGGUGUCGCUGGGCUGUGCAGGAGGUUGUCCGUCUCUCAGUGUGGCUGCCUCAGCCUCACCCUUCCCAUUCCUCACUGCUCUCCUCUCUCUUCUCAACACUCUGGUCCGGAUCCACAGGGGGCUUUGGGGACAGCUGGCUGCUGUGUUGGCUACCCCGGGACUCCAGAAAUACUUUCUCCAGUGUGUGGCUCCUGGACCUGCACCACAGCUCACACCCUUCUCUGCCUGGGCCCUGCGCCAUGAGUACCACCUGCAGUACCUGGUGCUCUCCUUGGCCCAAAAAGUGGCACUACUGCAACCAGAGCCAGCCACCAAUACUGCCCUCCACCAUGCUAUGGCCUUGGCCCUACUGAGCCGGCUGCUGCCUGGAAGUGAAUACCUCGCGCAAGAGCUGCUGCUGAGCUGUGUGUUCCGGCUGGAGUUCCUGCCGGAAAAUGCAUCAGGUGGUCCAGAAGCAGCUGACUUCUCUGAUGGACUGUCCUUAGGGAACAGUGGGGACCCUCAGUGUAGACGAGGGGCUCUCCUAGUUCAAGCUUGCCAGGAUCUCCCCAGCAUCCGCAGCUGCUACCUGGCCCAUUGUUCACCAGCCCGAGCCAGCCUGCUGACCUCCCAGGCCUUAUACCGUGGGGAGCUACUGCGAGUCUCAAGCCUGCUACUGCCUGUGCCUAAGGAGCCACUGCUGCCCACCGACUGGCCCUUCCAGCCACUGAUACAUCUCUACCAUCAGGCUUCAGAUACUCCCUCUGGGCUUCCCGCUGCUGACUCUGUAGGCAUCGCCAUGCGGGUCCUACAGUGGGUGCUGGUUCUAGAGAGCUGGCGCCCUGAGGCCCUCUGGGCUGUGCCUCCUGCUGCCCGCCUGGCACGGCUCAUGUGUGUGUUCCUGGUGGACAGCGAGCUAUUCCGAGAGACUCCUGUGCAGCAUCUGGUGGCAGCUCUUUUAGCGCGGCUCUGUCAGCCCCAAGUCCUGCCAAGCCUCAACCUGGACUGCCCACUCCCUGGCCUGACGUCUUUUCCCGACCUCUAUGCCAGCUUCUUAGACCACUUUGAGGCUGUCUCCUUUGGGGACCACUUGUUUGGGGCUCUGGUCCUCCUCCCUCUGCAGCGCCACUUCAGUGUCACCUUGCGCCUUGCUCUCUUUGGGGAACACGUGGGAGUCCUGCGAGCCCUGGGCCUGCCCCUGACUCAGCUGCCUGUGCCCUUGGAGUGCUACACAGAGCCUGCUGAAGACAGCCUGGCGCUCCUGCAGCUCUACUUCCGGGCCCUGGUUACCGGCGCACUCCGCCCACAUUGGUGCCCUGUCCUCUACACUGUAGUCCUGGCUCACGUCAAUAGUUUCAUCUUCUCUCAAGACCCAAAGAGCUCAGAUGAGGUGAAGGCUGCCCGAAGGAGUAUGCUUCAGAAAACGUGGCUACUGGCAGAUGAGGGUCUGCGGCAGCAUCUCCUCCACUAUAAGCUUCCCAACUCCAGCCUCCCAGAGGGCUUUGAGCUGUAUUCCCAGUUACCUCACCUGAGACAGCAGUACCUUCAGACAUUGCCCACAGAGGUGCUCCAGAAUGGAGGAUUCAAGACGUAGUGCACUAGGCACCAGCUAGAGAUGGAUAUAUUCUCCUGGGGCUUGCCAGCGGAAGUCUGCUCUUACAGAAGAGCAUCAGUCCAUAAGGGAAAGUGGGGGACUUGCCUUCCUGAGAACACAUUGUUUGAGCCAUUUUCAGAACAGAAGGAACUCUUAUUACAUCCCGAUACUGGAGCUGAGGAUCUGGGGCCUCCGAGGGCUUUGCUAGGAGUGGAGGGUGACCUAUUUACCCCACUGUGGGCGCAGAACAGCCUGAGCCCCUCUCCUCACCCACUUCCAGUCCUUACCAGACAUGGGUGUAUGAUUGCUGUGCUACCCGUUGAAAUAAAUUCUUUUCUAGUCUA